GAUCGCGGUCAGUACUGCGUCGGAAAGCGGCAAACACGUACUCGAAACUUUUCCAAGAGAUCCGACACGCACGACACUUUCCUGUGAAACGAUGUGUAAAAGUGAUUGAUCGAGUUGUUUCAGCCGGUGCGUUGUAAUUAGCGGUCGAGUGUGAAAAUUCAAAAAAAUCUGCUCCCAGUUGAAGAUGGAAUCUUAGCUCCUUUCACAUUCGGCAAUCAAUUCCACUUCAAAUCGAAAAUGUUGCGUUUAUGAACACUCAGUUCGUUUGAUUGAUAAGUAAAAAUGGGUGUCGAAGGUUAAUUAGAAAAGUUGAAGACAAUGUUGUGCUUUUUAUUGAUUGGUUUAGUGUUCGGGACGAGUUCUCUCAAAGUUGAGGAUCUAACCGGAGGGAGUGCCACUUCGCUCAAAUUUUCAAUGGAAACGCCAGACUUCGCUGGACCUAUCAAAAAUGUUACCGUUCCGAUCGGGAGGGAGGCAGUGCUCAGCUGCUCCGUUACAGAUCUGGGACAUUACAAGGUUGGCUGGAUGAAGGCUGAUGAUCAGACCAUUCUGAGUCUGCAUACAAGAGUCAUCACGCACAACCCCAGAAUCAGCGUCACACAUGAUGACAGUCUACGCACUUGGCAGCUGAGAAUUCGCCAGCUGAAGGAAUCGGAUCGUGGCUGUUAUAUGUGUCAAAUCAACACCGGGGAGAUGAAAAAGCAGCUGGGAUGUGUCGAUGUGCAAGUUCCACCGGACAUUGACGACACCGGAACCAGCAGCGAUGUCACCGUAGAGGAAGGUGAUAAUGUCACGUUAAGCUGCAGUGCCAGCGGACAUCCUGAGCCUCGUAUUUUGUGGCGACGUGAAGAUGGAGAUCACAUUAUUCUCCAAGACAAUCCACACGACAUCAAAAAAGUGGAUACAUACAGCGGCCCAUCCUUACGUCUCGUAAGAAUAGAUCGCAAGCAAAUGGGUUCUUAUUUAUGCAUCGCCAGUAACGACGUUCCACCUGCUGUCAGCAAAAGGGUGACACUUUCGGUGAACUUCGCUCCAAAGGUGCAAGUUCAGAAAGCUUUGGUCGGAGCGCCGCUCUAUUCUAAUGUAAAGCUCAAAUGCGACGUUGAAGCUUUUCCCAACUCCAACAACUACUGGGUUAAGGAACAAGACGAAGUCCUGCUCAACGGGUUCAAGUACACCACUCAGGAGAAAAGGUCAGGGUAUAAAGUCAUCAUGGUUUUGACCAUUCACAACGUCAACAAGUCCGACAUUGGGACCUACACGUGCGUUGCUUCCAACACAAUGGGCAAGAGUGACGCCUCAGUGCGGAUCUAUGAAAUUAAAAUCACAACCACUUCCACCACCACUACCACCACCACAACAACACCGUCAACGACGACGACCGAAACGAACCUAAUUUUAGAAAUAACCAGCAACGUUCGCAGCACUACGACUCUGCAGUCCGAUAACACAAUCGGCGGGGUGAGAGGCGUGGAAGAGGACCCAUCGGAGAAUUGGCUAUUUCCCAGCGUGGCCCCGGCCCCUCUGGAAUUAGAGACCCACUCGAGUGCCGCCGGAAAUACACUUAUAUUUCAUUUUCCGGUCACGCUAGUGUUGACAGUGGUACUUAUACUCAGGUGACACGUAAUUUGUUACGGAUACUCGUAAAAAUAGUGUGUUGUGAGACUUGCUGUGAAAUCCAUAUCAAAAUGUUUCGAACGGAAAUUGUAAUCAAAUUUUGGCCAAAUCCGGAAAACGUGGUACGAAUUUUGAGUGUUGAUGCUUUACUUCCAGACGUUGCGACGUAUUUUUUAUUAAACUGAUCAAAUUGGUUGUUGGAGUAUAUUUUUUAUAUGUAGGGACGUGGUUCGGCUAUUUGCGCUUGUCUUACAAAUUUUAUUCCCCAGAGGAUUUGCUCUAUAAGUCGUAUUACUGGUAGUCUGUUUUAGAAACGAUAUUUUAUUGAAUCAAUCUGGAAGAGCUUGUUGUUAUUGUCUUAUUAGAAAAGUACAGACGGACGUGAACAGAAACUACCACACUCGGAACUAAUUACAAAUUUUUAUUUCGGUUUCUGUUGGCGGCUGCAUUGAUUGAUUGUACAUACCGUAAUAUUGUGACUCCGAAUUAUUUGUAAGAGUGUAAGAUUUAGAUUCUAAAUGUUGUACUAUACUUGAGUGUACAUAUCCUGCUACCUAGCAGUAACCUGUUACUGAAAAACCGCAAUAAAAUGACUUUAUUACGAUAA